AUGUACAGUCAGGGACAGUUCCAGUGCCACCUCUCAUUGGCACAGAGUCAGCAGUAUAUCUGGGAAGAGGAAAUCAGGGCGCGCCAGUUCAGUGCCCUCUUCAGGCUCCGAGAGAAAGCACUGUGGGAAAGAACUCAGGCCGAGCUCGCAUGGUUGGAGCACUGUAAGAAGAAUGCAUUAUCAAAGGAGGAUUCUGUGACUGAAAUCAAGCGGAAGCAGGAAGAAGUUGUAAGCAGACUGAGACACGAGGAGGCAGAGAUCCACCACUGGCGCAAUGUAUGUAAAAGUGGGCGGCAACAGCGUCGUUUGCUGCUUUACCAUCACAGAGACAUCCUAGACAUCAAGAAGUCGACUACUCACCUUCGACAAGUGCUAGAGAACCAGGCCAUGACUGAGACUGAUGCCAGGCCCAGAGAGACAGCUUCAGCGCUAGAGGGAAAGAGUUUAAUCACAAAGCCUGGGAUUAUACCAGCUGCCAGAGGCGAAGAUAAGCUGCCAAGUAAGCAGGGGAGGCAAGUGUCGCCAUUCGCUUCUACUGUCAUGCAUUAAACAGAGGAGAGCUAUUUAGCAAUGUUUUACAGUGGCCAUUGAAGUCCACUCUGGUUUGACGUGCAACCUCUUAGGGAUUUAUGAAAUACUGCAGUGCAGCAUUUAGCACACACCAGAGCUGUGAAGCAUGACACACAUCACUAGGCAAUUUUUUUUUUAAGCGUAAGCCUGCAGCACAGGACGGGAAUACCAUGUGCUUGUUGUGUUAGGUGUGCACUGUACUCUAUCACUGUUACAAUGCACCACUCAGAGUAAUUACUCUAAGUAAUGGAGGGAAGCAGAGAGAAGGAGAAGGAGAGUAAAGAGGGGGGAUGGAUG